UCUUUGUCAACAUGUUAGCUGUAAUUAAAAUCCUAAAGAAAGACUAGAAAUGGCUGCUUCUUCUUGAAGGGUGAGGUACAGGAGAACAAGUACACACCAUUAAUAAGGAAACUCAGUGCUCCGUAUUUCUGGUCCAAUCCUUCCACUUUUGGCUCUCAAGGAAAUCCAAGAACUUAACUAGCUAGCCAGGUUGGGUUCUUUACUUUACUUGAGAGUGGAAAAUGAUGGGGGAAAACCUUCCUCCAGGGUUUAGGUUUCAUCCAACAGAUGAAGAACUCAUCACUUAUUAUCUGAAUACCAAGGUUUCCGAUUUUAGCUUCACGUCGCGAGCUAUUGUCGAUGUUGAUCUCAACAAGUGUGAACCUUGGGAUCUACCAGCCAAAGCAUCCAUGGGGGAAAAGGAAUGGUACUUCUUUAGCUUGAGAGACCGAAAAUACCCGACCGGAUUGAGAACCAAUCGAGCCACAGAAGCGGGCUACUGGAAAACAACCGGCAAGGACAAGGAGAUCUUCCGCGGCGGAGUCUUGGUUGGGAUGAAGAAAACCCUGGUGUUCUACAGAGGUAGAGCUCCCAAAGGUGAAAAGACAAACUGGGUUAUGCAUGAGUACAGGCUUGAAACCAAGCUAGGUUUCAAACCAACUAAGGAGGAAUGGGUGGUAUGUAGGGUUUUCCACAAGUGCUCAACUGUGAAGAAACCCCAACAGACACAAUCCUCCCAACCAUCAUUCGUCGACUCUCCUGGCGACACAAACACCGUCACGAACGAGUUCGGCGACAUCGAACUACCGAAUCUGAACAGCAUCGCUAACUCAUCGAGCGCGAUGAGCAACAUUUCGCUACAGAAUUACAACAGCGGCGGGGACAUGGUCAAUUCCAACAUGAACAUGAACCUUAACAUGAACUGGCCCGCGGCAAGGGAAGCAACAAGCAAUGCCAUUAAUCAAACACUUUCUUCAUGGCCUUCCAGCUUAUUAAACCCGAACCUGUCCGUGAAUUCCUUGCUUCUUAGGGCAUUGCAACUUAGGAGUUACCAGCAAAGAGAAGCGACAAACAAUAUUGAUUACUCGUACAUGCCCCCGGGGAUUUCUCAAUUCGGGACCGAUUUUAGUUCGAACUUCCCGGCGGCCGGUUCUGCUUCCUCUAAAGUUUUAGAUUCUGUGCAGCAGCAGCAGCCUCAGGAGCAACCAUUCAAUUUGGACUCCAUUUGGUAAAAAAAGGUUGACAUGAAGAGUCAGAAAACUAACAGCAGCUUUGUAAACUUGUUUCAAAUGUAUUUUGUCUUUUCAAUUGUGUAGAAAAUAAAUUUGGAACUGCUAGGUGAUGGGGCAAAGCUCAUAUCUUGCACAUGUAAGUUGUUGUAGUUACUUGUAACAUGGGGGAAAAAACCCUCUCUAUCCAUUAUUUUUCCUUUUUAUGUUGUUGCAUUUAUGCAUGCAUGCUAUAGCUGUCCAUUUUCAAUGCAAAGUUACUUUUGUC